GGAGGCGGCGGCGAGGGAGCGGUCGGCACUGGGGCAGCGACCGUCCGUGCCCGCCGCGCCUUCUCCCGCCGAGAAAGGACGUGUUUCUGACGGCUUCCCAGCUCUGGCGUGUGCAGGAGGCUCCGAAGGGUGGCAGCCUCAUUUAUUUCUCCGGCAAACAGAAGAAUGCACUCAGUCACACUUCUCAGCAGCUCUGCAGCCUGUGGAGCGUGUGGGCAGUCUCUGUAUGCAGCAUCCUGGAAAAUGUGCGUUCUCUUGAAGUGAUCUGCUGAAAAGCACGUACUUGUACAGUUGUUCCAGCCUCCCUUGUUGCAUUGCUCUCAAAGGCUGAAAUGCCUGGUCUCUAAUACUCCCUGGGGUCUCCAUUUCAUCUGCCAAAGAAACGCUACCUGCUGCAGUUACCCAUUGAAACCCCGAAGAGCAAGGAGACUGAAGAUGGCCCUGUCUGCUUUUUAUGCAGUUUGGGGCUUGUUGCUAGAAGUGGCAAUAGCAUUUGGCCCGGUACCGAGGAUCACUUGGGAACACAAAGAGGUCCAGCUAAUACAUUUUAAUGAAUCAAAAGUGUCAAACUAUUCAACCUUGCUGUUAAGUGAAGACAAAAACGUUCUCUAUGUAGGAGCCAGGGAAGUAAUCUUUGCCUUAAAUGCAGUGAAUAUUGCUGAGAAGCAGCACGAGUUACACUGGAAGGUCACAGAAGAUAAAAGGACUAAAUGUGCAGUCAAGGGCAAAUCAGAACAGACAGAAUGUCGUAAUUACGUGCGCGUCUUGCAACAGCUGAAUGAUACUUUCCUCUACGUGUGUGGAACUAAUGCAUUUCAGCCAACGUGUGAUUACCUGAAUUUAAUUUCAUUUGAACUUGGAGGUAAAAAUGAAGAUGGUAAGGGCAGAUGUCCAUUUGAUCCUGCUCAAAGCUACACAUCCGUUAUGGUUGAUGAGGAGCUUUAUUCUGGGACUUCCUACAAUUUUUUGGGAAGUGAACCUAUUAUUUCACGGCACUCUCAUCAGAGCCCUCUGCGAACAGAGUAUGCAAUACCCUGGCUUAAUGAGCCCAACUUUGUUUUUGCUGAUGUGAUAAGAGCAGAUCCAAACAGCACAGAUGGAGAAGACGACAAGAUAUACUUCUUUUUCACUGAGGUGUCUGUGGAGUAUGAAUUUGUUGGAAAAUUGAUGAUUCCAAGAAUAGCUAGAGUAUGCAAGAGGGACCAAGGAGGAUUAAGGACCUUGCAGAAAAAAUGGACUUCAUUUCUCAAGGCCAGACUGAUUUGUACCAUCCCUGAUAAGAAUUUAAUUUUCAAUGUUAUCAAUGAUGUUUUUAUUCUCAAAUCUCCGACUUUGAAGGAACCAGUGAUAUACGGAGUCUUCACCCCACAACUGAAUAAUGUGGGACUCUCAGCAGUGUGUGCAUACAAUCUGUCUACUGUAGAAGAGGUUUUCUCAAAAGGAAAAUACAUGCAGAGUGCUACAGUGGAACAGUCUCAUACAAAGUGGGUGCGAUACAAUGGGGAAAUUCCUAAUCCUCGACCUGGUGCGUGUAUAAACAAUGAAGCCAGAGCAUCCAACUACAUGAGUUCUCUGAAUUUACCAGACAAAACAUUGCAGUUUGUUAAAGAUCAUCCUCUAAUGGAUGACUCGGUGACCCCAAUGGGAGACAGACCUCGGCUAGUAAAGCGAGAUGUGAAGUAUACACAGAUUGUAGUUGACAGAGUCAGAGCACUCAAUGGCACCAUCUAUGAUGUUAUGUUCAUUGGUACAGAUCGAGGAGCCCUGCACAAAUCUAUCAGCUAUGAAAAUGGAAUGCAUAUUAUUGAAGAAACACAGCUUUUCCCAAAUUUUGAACCAGUCCAAACUCUCUUGCUUUCAUCCAAAACAGGCAGAAGGUACCUCUUUGCUGGUUCAAAUUCUGGUGUGGUGCAGUCUCCAGUGGCAUUCUGUGACAAGUAUACCACUUGUGUUGACUGUGUUUUAGCAAGGGAUCCUUACUGUGCUUGGAAACCUCUUGAAGCUUCCUGCAUUGAUAUUUUUAAAGAAGGUGAAAUGGAAAGGAACUGGAUUCAAAACAUAGGUGGAGAUGCAUCUUCUUGUUCUGCCUCAUCUCCUAUACCUUUCCCUCCUACUGGUACCUCCUUUUUGUCCUGUGUGGGAAGUGAUUCACCUCCUUCACCCACCAGUACCCAGCCUGAUGUUUGGUCUAGCAAAGACCCCAUAAAGGUCAUGUUGUUGCCACCUUUCCUAAGUGACCAGGCACAGCAUGUUAGUGUCCGGGAACCCUUCCACCUCUUCUGCCAAGCCACAGGUCCAGAUAACUCCUACUUUGUCUGGAGGAAGAACGGACAAAAGAUGAAGGCAUGCAUCACAGAGCAAUCUCACACGCUGCUUGAUGGCAGAGUGCAUGUUCUCAGCUGGGUGAAAGAUUCACUGUCAGAAAACACAGAAUACAGAUGUUCAUUCAUCUCAAAAGUUGGGAACACAACAUCUGAAGUGCUCAUCACAGUGGAAGAUAAAGAUAAUGCUGGUCAGGAUGCAUGGACCAAAGAAUUUGAUAGCUGGAGAAGUGCCAUCAGUGAACAUGACAAAAUGAUGCAAAACUGGAGGAAAACAUGGGAGACCUGCAACAAGAGAAACGGCCUCUAAGAAGGAGAUAUGUAUGCAAGUUAGGAGUAACUGUUAAUAUUACAGCAUUUGGAGAUGUCUUUGCAAGCAUUAGUGCUGAUAUUAAAACUGAUAUUCAGGAGAACCUCAAGCAUGAAGUAGAAGGGGAUAUUCUUACUGCACCAAAGAAUAACUAAGCUGAGUUACAUGGUACAAGAGAGGCCACCCAUCCCAUGCUGCAACUAUUUCUGGUUUUCUGAUGUCAGCUAUCUCAGCUUAAUAAAGGAAAAAAGUAGUCUCAGCAAGACUUGUGCUGUUCAAAGAACAUGAUGUUUUCUGUUUUGAGUUUAUUAAGCCAACCAGAUAAUUUUGGACUUGAGGAUCUUGGCAUCACAUUUAUUUAAAGGCAUUUCAACUUGUACACUUGCUUUUACUAUGUUUACCCUUAUGUUGCCAGUGUUUUGAAGAGCAUUCCUUUCUAGUGUCAGCAAGCUCAUUUGUUGAAACAUACUUCCUUUGGUAAUUGUGCUGGGUUUGAGUUAAUUUUCUUCACAGUGGCUGGUAUGAAUUUGUGCUGAACACAGGGUUGAUAAUGGAGAGAUGUUUUCGUUAUUGCUGAGCAGGGCUCACACAGAGCCAAGGCCUUUUCUGCUUUUUGCACUGCCACAAUGGCAAGAAAUUAGGGGGUGCAUGGGAGGUUGGGAGGAGACACAGCCAGGACAGGUGACCCCACCUGACCCAAGGGAUAAUCCAGACCACAUGGCAUCAUGCACAGGAUAUAAAGGCGGGGUAUAUGUAUGGAGUGAUGUAAUUUGUUUUCCCAAGAAACCAUUGCGUGUGAUGGGGCCCUGCACUCCUGGAGAUGGCUGAACACCUGCCUGCCCAUGGGAAGCACUGAAUUAACGGUUUUGCUUUGCUUCUGUGCAUUGCUUUUGCUUUACCUAUUCAACUGUCAUCUCAACCCACGGGUUUUCUGGCUUUUAGCCUACCAGUCUGCUCCCACUGUGAGAGGCUGGGUGGCACUUGGUUGCUGGCUGGGCUUAAACCAUGACAGUAAUAAAGUUUCUAUACCAAAUAAAGGAGUUCUAACUAAUGCUUAAAGUAUGCAAGAAGACUCUUUAAUUUUUGCAAGAUCUUCUAUAUUUGAGAAAAUGCAGCUUAAAAAUUCUAUGUGGAAUGAAUUCAAAGACCAUUCCUUAUGAUGAUCAAGGGCAGACUGAAAAUGUGAGGACCUACACUAUCCACAGUAAAAGUGUUCUACUGCAUUACUGCUCAGAGUUUUGUCUUUCUGCAUCUAAGAAACAUAAGUCUGAGGUAUAAAUUAAAUUUUCUCUAUUAUCUGCUCAAUGGAUUUCAACAAUUUGGAAGCAAGUAAGAUGCUCCAUAAAAUAAUCAAUCAGCCCAGGCAGAGAUCUGCUUUGAGCAGUAUCAGAAAGCUUCAUUCUCAUCCCUAAGUUCUCUCCCAACUGCUAAGAUGUAAAUUAGUGUUUCCCACAUUAAAGAAAGCAGUCUCUCCAUGCUAAGACUUGAAUGAUCCUUUUUUUUUCAGUAUCAGACCACCUUGUCACACACGCAGGGUCAAAAUUAACUUUUUCCCUACUAUUCUUAACCAUUUUCUCAGUUUUUCAUACAGGCAUUUUAUUAAUGCUGAUGCAGACUUCUGACACCACCAGAGGUAUUUUUUUCACAUUUGUUCUCAUCUUUUUGUUCUCAAGACAACUGUAAAUAGACUUUCCUUGAAUUGUCUGUCCUCCAUUUGUUAACUAAUUUGGAGCACACUUAGGUUUAGUUCUGUGGAGAUGAGUGGGAUUAUAAAGACAGGGGUCCAGGGGUCAGGGUUAGCAUAGCUAAGCUUUGCUAUGUUUCUGCAGGAAAUUACUGUGAGUAAUAAAAAGUUGCCAAAUUUUUGCUUUAGUUCAGUUUUCUGUGGGGGGGGGUGGGGGAAGGAGAAAAAGAAAAAUCUGUCUGUACCAGCCUUGGUAACCAUGGCUGGGACACCUUACAGUAAUUUUUUUUUUUUUUAAUACUCUCUAAGAACUGGAAAUAAGUUCCUAAGAUUGUGAAUAAUGUUUCUGAAGUUUUAUGCUUUUCUACAGUAAGACAAAAUAGAAAACAUGGUCAAAACCAAACUUCCUUACCAACCGGUCCUCAUUCUGUGCAAUGACUGGGUUUAGCAGUUCCAGAAUUUUAUAUCCAAAUUAAUUUAAUUUUGUAUCCAAAUGGCACAGGUGCAAAUGAAUAAAUCACAGCUUACCUUUGCAUCAAGGAUCUAUGCUGGCCAGAAGCAUGUUUUGUUACUGGGACCUUUCACCCCCAAUUUCCAUUUAAUAAUAUUAGAAGGACCUAAUCCAAAAAAGAUCAUCAUCAUAACUAGUGCAUUUCAGCAUAAGGCUGGCUCCCCUUAUCAAUGGUCUUUCCCAAAAGUGACAUUUCAAGUAUCACUAAAUUCCCACAAGACAAGCUUACUUAAGCCACAAGAAUUCUUUAUAGAAUCAAUAUAUUGUAUCAGAUUUUAUACAAUCUAUAUUCUACAAAAUUGUUUUAAUUUCAAAAUUAGAGUUUUUUAUAUCACUUCUAUCAUCACAAGGCAGGGACUUUCCAAAGUAUUGCACUACAAAUGUUCAGUAUGGUGAAGCACUUGCAGACACACCUCAGAGAUGCUGAGCAGCACAUGGUCUCUGUAUCACCUUUCAGAAAAGCUGACACAAGUUUUAUGUGCAUCCCACCAAUUACUUUCUUUAGGCUUGUCCUCAAAAAAGAGUG